GCACCUCAAGGAGGCAACCAAAUCUCUAACUAAAGGCGAUUGGGAUAGCUUUCCUCAAGGAGGCACCUCAAGGAUCGGAGAAAGAGAGGGAUAGGGAGGCCAGAUUAGGCUUCUCCUUCCCGAUUAGAUAGACGGAGUCACGGAGGAGAGGAGUUGCAGUAGUGGUGUAUUCACCUUAAGUUUCAGCAAGCCUGCAGGUCCGAUCCAGAGGUCGUCUCUCUCUCUCUCUCUCUCUCUCUCUCUCUCUCUCUCUCUCUCUCUCUCUCUCUCUCUCUCUCUCUCUCUCUCUCUGCGCACGCGUGCUGUGGAGGAGAUGGGGAGAGGGAAGACAGUGAUCGAGAGGAUCGAAAACACGACUAGCCGGCAGGUGACGUUCUCGAAGCGCCGGAGCGGGCUGUUCAAGAAGGCCAAGGAGCUCGCCAUCCUUUGCGACGCGGAGGUCGGACUCAUCGUCUUCUCCAGCACCGGCCGCCUCUAUGACUUCACCAACACCAGCAUGAAAUCUGUGAUUGAAAGAUACCAUGAGGCAGAAGAUCACCAUGUCAUCAUGAGCGCGACUGCGGAGGCAAAGCAGAAGAGAUAA